UAACCAAUCAAUACUCUCCCAAUUCCACUGAAAGAAGCGAAGCCGCUGGCUUUAAACGGACACGUAUCUGACUGUCUGAAAUGGGCUACAUGGGCAGAGGAACUCCUCUCAGUCUCGCUGUGGUGGUAAUAUUGUUCUCAUCGGGAAUGCCGUGGACUUUCCGUGAGGAGAAGGAGGAUGCGGACAGAGAAGUGUGUUCGGAAAACAAAAUCGCAACUACGAAAUAUCCGUGCGUAAAAUCCACGGGAGAGGUUACCACAUGCUACAGAAAGAAGUGCUGUGAGGGUUUUAAGUUUGUGCUGGGACAGUGUAUUCCAGAAGACUAUGACGUGUGUGCUGGGGCCCCUUGCGAACAACAGUGUACCGAUCAUUUCGGCCGUGUGGUAUGCACCUGUUACCAUGGUUAUCGCUACGACCGAGAACGACAUAAAAACCAUGAGAAACCAUACUGCCUGGACAUUGAUGAAUGUGCCAACAAUAAUGAGACGGUGUGCUCACAGAUCUGUGUGAACACCCCUGGCAGCUAUCGCUGUGAUUGCAAGAGAGGCUUCUACCUAGAGGAUGAUGGAAAAACAUGCACCAAGGGCGAAAGAGCUCCACUUUUUGAGAAGUCAGACAACGUCAUGAUAGCGGGAACAUGCUCGGCCACAUGUGAGGACUUCCAUCAGAUGAAGAUAACUGUUCUCCAACUCAAACAGAAGAUGGCCAUGUUGCCAAGCAACACAGAGGUGAAUAAGCAGACGACCAAUGAAAAGAUGCUGACAAGACCUGGACCUCCUGGGCCACCUGGGCCUUUAGGGAGCCCAGGACACAAAGGUUCCACUGGCCCUCCUGGACAGAUGGGGCCACCAGGCUUGCCUGGCCCUCGUGGUGACAUGGGGCCCAUUGGUCCCUCUCCAGACCUCUCUCAUAUCAAACAAGGUCGGCGUGGUCCAAUGGGUCCUCCUGGGGCACCAGGGAAAGAUGGCAUGAAGGGAGAGAGAGGGCUUCCCGGCCUUUCUGGACCUCCAGGCCCACCUGGAUCCUUUGACUUCCUUUUGCUCCUUAUGGCCGACAUUCGCCAUGACAUCGCAGAACUACAGAAUAAAGUGUUAGGAAGACCGUUGCACUCUUCUGGAGAGGAUUUACCCCCUGCCCCGGACACCUGGAGAGAUAACCAGGAAAGUCUGGACUUUGGCUCUGGAGAAGACUACAAACCUCAGAGCCCCAACAAGAGCACCAGGAAGAGAAAAUUGCACCGAACCUUAAAUAGUCCAGAUUGGCCGAUUUGAGACCGGCAAAAAAAGAACUGAUUAAACGGAGAAUGAGUGGUGUAAAUAUCACAGAAUGGUUGCUAUUUAACUGUACACUCUGGGGGGGG